UCGCAAAAAAAGCCCCGGACUGGUGAUUCUACCCCUUCUUCUCUCUUCCCCUCCCGCGGCUUCUCGCUUUUCUUCUGCAUACACACCAUGGCCUCGAUGCUCUCGACCCGAGCAGCCAGGACUGUGUCCUGUUCCGCCUGCCGCUCUUUCGCCAGACCCGGCCUUCUCCUCCCCCAGCGUGGACUGUCGACGUCCACCGAGCAAACGUCCUUCGACUCCGCAGACAAGCCCCGAUGGUCCUACACCCCCCCUCGGGCGCAGGCCCCCUUUAGCUUGCGACUCAACUCGAAGAGACGCGAAUUCCCCGUCAAUUCCGAUCCCAAGGUCCUUGACCAAUUCUACAUCCGCAUGCUGGGCAGUGACGGCGAGAAGCUCCUCUCCGACGAGAUCAAAUGGCUUGCCGUGACGCAUAAGAGUUUUGACCAGGGUAGACGAGGCUUCAACGACCGAUUGGCUUUUCUGGGGAAACGCAUUGUUCAGCUGCAGGCUUCUUUGGCUUUGGCGCAAAGCCCCGGAAACGUUGCCGCCGCCAAACCCGAUGCUCAUGGCCGACAACCCUUUUCCCAUCCCGCAUUGGAAAACUUGAACAACCUUUCGCCCAGCACUAAGAACUUCCUGACGGCCAAGUCGAACCUUGCGGACCUUGCGCAGAAAUAUGAGAUGGGAACAGUCUUGAGAUGGAGCCCCCGAAAGCCCAACAACCUUGAGAGCUCUGGCUUGGAGCUCGUCCUUGCCCAUACGAUGUACGCCGUGAUUGGAGCCGUGUCCCUGGAGAAAGGCGGGCACGUUGCCAACCAGAUGGCUCGGGAGCGGAUACUGGCACCGCUGGGAUUCAAGAUCGCGGCCUGAGAAGGGGUGUGAUCACUGGGAAAUGGCCGCGGGAGCAUUUGCAAGGCGUUAUUUCCUUUCUUCUUCUGACAUUUCGUUUUCUUGGAUGUUGUUCUCUGUAUGUCUUGGGGGCUUCUCUCUUUCAUCCGCCGGAUAUGUACUUUUACUACGACCUGUUCUAUAUUGACUGCAAAUACCACCUGAAAGGCUCAUUGCCAAUUGAAGAU